GGUGGCUGACCUCUACGGCCUUGGGAAAGGACCCAGCACAGCGGCCAUCACAAUCCGGCGACGCCCAGCCGGGGAGUCUCCAGAGGUGAGGCUGUUGUUUAAAAACUGGGAGCCAGGAGAGGAGACCCCCACGUUCAAGGGGAGCGUCUCAGAGAGGCGAUCUGGAGAAAGCACUGCAGCAGCACGGAGCAAGGUCUCUGGUGUCUUCCAGGUUUUGGCUACAGAUGCGCCUGCUGUUCAGAAGUGUCCUAGGCCAAGGCCCUGAGUAAAGGCUUCUGAGAAAACUCGAGUCCAGACACAGUAAAGGGCUAGCACAACCUAGGGGUUUGCGUGGCUUCACCCAGGCUGCUUUGCUCUGCCCCAGGUGAGGUCCUGGGUGGGGAUCACCUCGUCAAGUGAAGAUGAGGCCGCUCCUUCUCCUGUAUUUUGGCUUGCCCAGCCUCCUGUGUGCCCAGCAAGCCUGCUCCCUCGGGGCCUGCUAUCCACCCGUCGGGGACCUGCUCAUAGGGAGGACCCAGUUUCUCCGAGCUUCAUCCACCUGUGGCCUGACCAAGCCUGAGACCUACUGCACCGAGUAUGGCGAGUGGCAGAUGAAAUGCUGCAAGUGUGACUCCAGAUUGGCUCACAAUUACAACGGUCACCGAGUGGAGAAUGUGGUUUCAUCCUCGGGCCCCAUGCGCUGGUGGCAGUCACAGAAUGAUGUGAGCCCCGUCUUUCUGCAGCUGGACCUGGACAGGAAAUUCCAGCUUCAGGACAUCAUGAUGGAUUUUAAGGGGCCUGUGCCUGCUGGCAUGCUGAUCGAGCGCUCCUCGGACUUCGGCAAGACCUGGCAGGUGUACCAGUACCUGGCUGCCGACUGCAGCUCCGCCUUCCCUUGGGUCCACCAGGGCCAACCCCAGAGCUGGCAGGACACUCGGUGCCAGCCUCUGCCCCAGAGGCCUAACGGGCGCCCGAAUGGGGCCAAGGUUCAGCUCAACCUUAUGGAUUUAGCCUCUGGGAUCCCAGCCACACAAAGUCAAAAAAUUCAAGAGCUGGGGGAGAUCACCAACUUGAGGGUUAACUUCACCAAGCUGGCGCCUGUGCCCCAGAGGGGCUACCACCCUCCCAGCGCCUACUACGCUGUGUCCCAGUUGCGUCUGCAAGGGAGCUGCCUCUGUCACGGCCAUGCGGACCGCUGUGUCCCCAGUUCCAGAACUCCUGCCAGCCCCUCCACCGCCGUGCAGGUCCACGAGGUCUGCGUCUGCCAGCACAACACCGCUGGCCCCAACUGUGAGCGCUGCGCGCCCUUCUACAACAACCAGCCCUGGAGACCCGCGGAAGACCAGGACCCCCACGAAUGCCAGAGGUGUGACUGCAACGGACACUCAGAGACAUGUCACUUUGACCCAGCCGUGUUUGCCGCCAGCCAGGGGGCACAUGGAGGUGUGUGUGACAGCUGCCGGGACCACACUGAGGGCAGGAACUGUGAACGGUGUCAGCUGCACUAUUUCCGGAACCGGCGUCCUGGGGCUCCCAUUCAGGAGACCUGCAUCCCCUGUGAGUGCGAUCCCGACGGGGCAGUGCUGGGGGCGCCCUGUGACCCAGUGACUGGCCAGUGUGUGUGCAAGGAGCACGUGCAGGGGGAGCGCUGUGACCUGUGCAAGCCGGGGUUCACGGGGCUCACCUUCUCCAACCCGCAGGGCUGCCGCCGCUGUGACUGUAGCGUCCUGGGCGCCCGGCGGGACAUGCCGUGUGACGAGGAGACGGGGCGCUGCGUGUGUCUGCCCCACGUGGUGGGCCCCAAGUGUGACCAGUGUGCCCCCCACCACUGGAAGCUGGCCAGCGGCCGGGGCUGCGAGCCCUGUGCCUGCGACCCGCACAACUCCCUCGGCCCCCAGUGCAACCAGUUCACAGGGCAGUGUGUCUGUCGGGAAGGGUUCGGGGGCCUGACCUGCGGCGCCGCUGCCAUCCGCCAGUGUCCCGACAGGACCUAUGGAGAGGCAGCCGCGGGAUGCCGAGCCUGUGACUGCGACUUCCGGGGCACCGAGGGGCCGGGCUGCGACAAGGCCUCGGGCCGCUGCCUCUGCCGCCCCGGCUUGACGGGGCCGCGCUGCGACCAGUGCCAGCGGGGCUACUGCGACCGCGCCCCGGUGUGCGUGGCCUGCCACCCCUGCUUCCAGACCUACGACGGCGGCCUCCGGGAGCGGGCCCUCCGCCUGGCCGGCCUCCGCAACGCCUCCGCCGGCCUGUGGCCCCGGCCGGGCCUGGAGGACCGCGGCUUGGCCUCCCGGAUGCUGGACGCGAAGAGGAAGAUGGCGCAGAUCCAAGCCACCCUCGGCGACGCCUUGGUCACGGAGCAGGAGGUGGCCCAGGUGGCCAAUGCCGUCUUCUCCAUCAGGCGGACACUUCAGGGCAUGCAGCUGGAUUUGCCCCUGGAGGAGGAGACUUUGUCCCUCCCAGGAGACCUGGGGAGCCUGGACAGGAGCUUCAAUCGCCUCCUCAUCAUGUAUCAGAGCAAGAGGGAGCAAUUUGAAAAGAUAAACAGUGCUGACCCUUCAGGAGCCUUCCGCAUGCUGACUGCAGCCCACCAGCGGUCAUCCCAGGCCGCUCAGCAGGUCUCGGACAGCUCCCGCCGGUUGCUGCAGCUCAGGGACAUCCGGAGACAGGCGGAGAGGCUGGAGCAGCAGGUGGCGGGGGGGCCAGGAGCCGGUGGUCCCCAGCUCGCGGCCCUGAGGCUGCAGAUGGCCUCUGUGCCUGACCUGACGCCCACCAUCAACCAGCUCUGUGGAGGCUCCAGGGAGAUGCCUUGCACCCCAGGGGGCUGCCCCGGGGAGCUCUGUCCCCGAGACAAUGGCACGGCCUGCGGCUCCCGGUGCAGAGGCGCCCUCCCCAGGGCAGGUGGGGCCUUGCGGACGGCGGGGCAGGUGGCUGAGCAACUGCGGGGCUUUGGCGCCCAGCUCCAGCAGACCAGGCAGAUGAUCAGGGCAGCGGAGGAGGCCGCCUCGCAGGUCCAGUCGGACACUCAGCGCCUGGAGACGCAGGUGAGCACCAGCCGCUCCCAGAUGGAGGAGGACGUCAGACGCACACGGCUCCUCAUCCGGCAGGUGCGGGACUUCCUCUCAGACCCCGACACCGACACGGCCACCAUCCAGGAGGUCAGCGAGGCCGUGCUGGCCCUGUGGCUGCCCACCGACUCGGCCACAGUCCUGCGGAAGAUGAACGAGAUCCAGGCCAUCGCGGCCAGGCUCCCCAACGUGGACCUGGUGCUGUCCCAGACCAAGCAGGACAUCGCUCGGGCUCGCAGGCUGCAGGCUGAGGCCGAGCAGGCCAGGAGCCGGGCCCACGCAGUGGAGGGCCAGGUGGAGGACGUCCUGGGGGCCCUGCGGCAGGGCACGCUGGCGCUGCAGGAGGCCCAGGACACCAUGCGGGGCACCCGCCGCUCCCUGCGGCUCAUCCAGGACAGGGUCGCUGAGGUUCAGCAGGUACUAGGACCAGCAAAAAGACUGGUGACCAGCAUGUCGGAGCAGCUGGGGGGCUUCCGAGCACGGAUGGAGGAGCUUGGCCGCCGGGCCAGGCAGCAGCAGGCACAGGCAGCAAAGGCCCAGCAACUGGCAGAGGAGGCCAGCAAGCAGGCGCUGAGCGCCCAGGAGGGAUUUGAGAGAGUAAAGCAAAAAUAUGCUGAGUUGAAGGACCGGUUGGAUCAGAGCUCCAUGCUGGGAGAACAGGGCAGCCGAAUUUUGAGUGUCAAGACGGAGGCGGAGGAACUGUUUGGGGAGACCAUGGCGAUGAUGGACAGGAUGAGAGACAUGGAAUCAGAGCUGCUUCGGGGGAGCCAGGCCAUCGUGCUCCGCUCAGCGGACCUGACGGGCCUGGAGCAGCGCGUGGAGCAGAUUCGGAACCACAUCAAUGGGCGCGUGCUCUACUACGCCACCUGCAAGUGAUGCGGGACCAGCCCGCCACCCCCAAGUCUGCCCUCUUGGCUUCUGGGCCCGGCUGGCUGGCCAUACGUUCCAGCUCCAGGGGACCCUUACGCAGCCUAAAGCACGGCCGGGACCACCCCUUCUGGGGUGCAGCUGAGCCUGGGCCGGUGGGACUGGGGGACGGCAACCGUGGAGGCGGGCCUGCAUCCCUGUGACCAGCAGCUCUCGAACGCGGGGUGCUUGGCUGGGCAGUGUCUUUGCCUUCUUUCUCCACUGAGGCUGAAGGCCUGGGCCCACUCAGAGUUGUAACUAACAACGAUGCACAAGGGAAAAGUCCAAUAAAAAUCUCAGGAAAGGAGCCUGGAGGUCCAAAGAGGGG